AUGGACCUGGAUGCUGAGAUGGGCCAUUCCUUUGCCCGGCAGAUUUCCCCAAACUGUCGACUGGUGGACUGCAAGGUUCCAUCUCCCACCUGUGCAGAUCCUCCAGAUGACACCAGGCUGGACUUCAACGAGUUCAAGCGACAAGCAUCACUCCUUGCCAUGGAGUUCUUUUGUUCUGGAGAUGUGGCAGGAAUGGUGGCAUCCGUCAAGGGCUUAGGGUGUGCGGCCUUCCAUGACGAACUGGCUGCGCUGCUGCUGCGUGCUUCUCUGGAUCAGAGGGAGAAGGAUCGCUGCACAGUCGUUCCACUGCUGGCAGCUUUACAUGAUGCCGGCGUGCUCUCCACAGCGCAGCUCUCACGAGGAUUCGAAAAGUUGGUGCUCUCCUGGGAGGACCUGCAGCUGGACGUCCCUGGAGCACCCGGGCUGCUGGUGUCACUGCUCUCUUCACGUGUUGGCCUAUUCGACCGAAGCCUGUUUGCCAGACUUCCUGAGGAUCUGCUGGUGAAGGUCUGUGGUGAGCUGCCUCCCAGCGUGGUGCAGCGUACCAUCUUGAGUCAUUUGGAGGAGCUCACUGCCUUUAAGUCAGAGAUGGUGGGCAAGGUUGAGCAUGACUUACUGCGGACGGGCUCACCGGAUGGUCUGGCCAGCUGGCUUCGUGACGAGUGCAAGCCGGCCUUCCACCAUGAGGUGGUGGUGGCCGCCUGCUUGAGCUCCUUCAACGGCCAACCCUUGACCGACGCCUUCUGGAUGUCCUGCUUUGAUAACCAAGGCCUGCGCGCCGAGAAGAGCCGACUUGUGCUGGAGGCUCUUGUGCAGCUUUCACAGGACCAGCUGCUGAGUGAGACAGACAUCCAGAUUGGCUUCUCCCGUGUGUUGGGGAUCGUUACUGCUGGCCUCGAGUCGAAUUUCAAGAACGAGGAUCUCACACACCUGGUGGCCUUGUUGCGAACAGCCGUAGAGAAAGAGCUACUGGCGGCUCAGUUCCUAAAGAUUGCGCGCCGCUUGCGCUUCGGCGGAUCCAUGGGUGUUGAGGCGCUGCGCACUGCCCAGCGGCAGACGCCGCUUCAUUCGCGUCGGGUGUGGGGCACUGGAGACUUGCGGCAGAUGCGAGCUGAGAUGCACGACACUAUCGAGGAGUACUUCGACUCCCGCAGCACGGAGGAGCUCGCCCAAGUUCUGGAAGAGCUACACCUGUCUGCUAAAGAGCAGGUCACCUUCCUUCGCAAACUCCUGGUGGCAGGAAUGGAGCGAGGGGAAACAGAAGCCGUGCUCUUCGCAGUUCAGGAGCUCCAGGGCUUCUGCUGGACGGAGCAGGAAGUCGAGGGAGCCUUCCACGAGAUCCGUGACAUCGAGGGAGAUUUGGUCCUAGACUUUCCCGACUGUCGAGAAUGCACGGGGAAGUUGGUGAAAGCUGCUGUGGACCAAGGGCUGCUGAAGGCGCUAGAACGCAUUGCGAGCUUUGAGUUCUGA